UCGCAGCUUCAGCUCCAUCAUGUCCGGUCGCGGCAAAGGCGGUAAGGGCCUGGGCAAGGGUGGCGCCAAGCGCCACCGCAAGGUGCUGCGCGACAACAUCCAGGGCAUCACCAAGCCCGCCAUCCGCCGCCUGGCGCGGCGCGGCGGCGUCAAGCGCAUCUCCGGGCUCAUCUACGAGGAGACGCGCGGGGUGCUCAAGGUGUUCCUGGAGAACGUGAUCCGCGACGCCGUCACCUACACGGAGCACGCCAAGCGCAAGACGGUCACGGCCAUGGACGUGGUGUACGCGCUCAAGCGCCAGGGCCGCACCCUCUACGGCUUCGGCGGCUGAGCCUCCUGUCCGCCGGCUCCUGCGCAAAACCAAAGGCCCUUUUCAGGGCCGCCCACGUCCUCACCUAAAAGGGCUGUUGCUUU